GUCUCUUUUCCUCCGGUGCGGUGAGUGUGUUCGGUUGCUUAAUGGUGUUCAGUGGUUUCGUCGUUCUUUGGGAUUCUGGGUCUAUAUUCUUACUUUGAACGUUUCAUUACAGCCACCGACUAUCCUAUUGUCAUCAUGGGUCGCCGCCCUGCCCGGUGUUACCGAUAUUGUAAGAACAAGCCGUACCCAAAGUCUCGCUUCUGCCGAGGUGUCCCUGAUGCUAAAAUUCGCAUCUUUGAUUUGGGACGGAAGAAGGCAAAGGUUGAUGAAUUCCCACUUUGUGGGCACAUGGUGUCAGAUGAAUAUGAGCAGCUCUCUUCCGAAGCUCUAGAGGCGGCCCGUAUUUGUGCCAACAAAUACAUGGUAAAGAGUUGUGGCAAGGAUGGCUUUCAUAUUCGAGUGAGGCUCCACCCUUUCCAUGUCAUCCGAAUCAAUAAGAUGUUGUCCUGUGCUGGAGCUGACAGGCUCCAGACGGGUAUGCGUGGUGCCUUUGGGAAGCCCCAGGGCACAGUGGCCAGGGUUCACAUUGGCCAGGUCAUCAUGUCCAUCCGCACCAAGCUGCAGAAUAAAGAACAUGUGAUUGAGGCUCUUCGUAGAGCAAAGUUCAAGUUCCCUGGCCGCCAGAAGAUCCACAUCUCAAAGAAAUGGGGCUUCACCAAGUUUAAUGCAGAUGAAUUUGAAGACAUGGUUGCUGAGAAACGGCUCAUUCCUGAUGGCGGUGGGGGCCAAUAUAUCCCCAAUCGUGGUCCCCUGGACAAGUGGCGAGCCCUGCACUCCUGAGAGCUUCCACAGUGCUCUCCUGUACCCUACCAAAUCAUGUUCAGUAAUAAAUCUCAUCCAGUCUGCUUACA